CAAUCAGUGUCUCUCGCACAAUCAGUCUUUCAUUGCCGAGUCGCAAUUAUCAAUUCACACUUCACAGUUACGAAUUACGAUCACACCCGAAUUCAAACACCGAGCUUCGCUGUUUUCAAACGGGUUUUCAGCAUUGAUAUUUUUGUUCGCGCUUCGUGUAGGUCAGUGAGGUUCGGGUGUUUUAGUUGGUGAAAGCAUUCGAUUGGACUUGUUUAAGAUGCAGUUAAACGCCGCAUUGGCGUUGGUGCUCUUGGCGGCAGUGUUGAGGGACGUGGAGAGUAGAACCGCCAGCAGAGGGCAGCACAGGCAUCGCACGCGAACGGACCACGAUGUAGGUGGAACCAACACCCGCAGGAACGGGGGCGGGGAAGGGGGCCAGGGGGGCAACCGACGAUGGGACUCUGGCUCGGACAGUGAUUUCGGAAACUCCAACUUCAACCUAAAUCAGAAUCGGCCCGGAAGUGACUUUUCAGACUUCGGCGACGCGUCUCGACCUUUCGGUAAUCAAAACCGACCGGGCUCUAACAACUUCGGCAAUCAGAAUCAACCUUCAGGCACCAAUUUCAACCAGUUCGGCCAGAACCGACCAGGAAACAAUGACUUUGGCAACCAAAACCUGCCGUCAGGCACCAAUUUCAAUCAAAACCGACCCGGAAGCAACAACUUCGGCAACCAAAACCUGCCCUCUGGCACCAAUUCCAAUCAGUUCGGCCAGAACCGACCAGGAAGAGAUGACUUUGGGAACCAAAACCUGCCUUCAGGCACCAAUUCCAACCAGUUCGGCCAGAACCGACCGGGCAACAGCGACUUCGAUAAGCAAAACCAACCGUCAGGAACGAACCCGAACCAGAACCGACCGGGCAGCAGCGACUCGGGGAACCAGAAUUUCAACUGGAACCAACUGAACCAGAAACCAGGCGGCGACGACCUGCCCGACCUGGAGAGCAGCCUCGGGAGCAACGUGAACCGACCGCAGAACCGGCCGCUCGGAGGCGACGUCGGCAGACCGGGCCAGAACGAGGGGUUGGGGCUCCCGGCAGCGGGGGUGGCUGCGGCCGGGCUCAACCGACCCAACCGACGUCGGACGACGACGACAACAUCGACGACUCCGGCGCCGACCGCAAGCACGACGCCUUGCGCCUGCGCCACCUCCCCCCAGUACGACCCCGUCUGCGGCACCAACAACCAGACCUACAACAACCCCCGGGCUCUCGAGUGCGCGCGGAUCUGCAACCGAGCUCCUGGUGUCCAGACUGCUUACCAAGGUGCUUGUGUAGAAAGACCACGAGUAUAGACAUUAUUCUUGGUACUACUCGCAGCCUGAUUAUCGACUUCCAUGGACAAACCUAUAGACGAAGAAGAAGAAGGGGACAUGGA